GCUCCAGGAAAUAAAUCUUGAGCUUCAUUCAGACCAAGUCUGAACCCUCAGGACGUUGACUGAUAGAUAAAAAAAUUACUAUGUUGCCCAAAAUAAUAAACGUGACUGUGAAGGACGUGAGGUUUCCGACAUCUACGGAGCAACAUGGCUCCGACGCUAUGCACACUGACCCGGAUUAUUCUACCGCCUACGUCGUCCUGCACACGGACAGUGAACUCAAGGGAUUCGGCUUCACUUUUACUUUAGGAAAAGGCACCGAAAUCGUGGUGUGCGCAGUGGAAUCUCUGUCGAGGCUGGUGGUUGGAAAAUCCCUGGAGGAGAUUGUGAGGGACUUCCGCGGGUUCUACCGUCUCCUGACCAGUGAUAGCCAGAUGAGAUGGCUGGGACCAGAGAAGGGUGUGAUCCACGUGGCUACAGCUGCAGUCCUAAAUGCUGUGUGGGACCUGUGGGCGAGGGCAGAGGGCAAGCCGCUGUGGAAACUGCUGGUUGACAUGGAUCCUGAGCAGCUUGUUUCAUGCAUCGACUUCAGAUACAUUACUGAUGUCCUGACAGAGAAGGAGGCUGUAGACCUCCUCCUGAAGGCACAGGAGGGCAGGCAGCAGAGAGAGGACCAGAUGCUGAGUGAGGGUUACCCUGCCUACACCACCUCCUGUGCCUGGCUGGGGUACUCAGACCAGCAGCUCCAACAGCUCUGCGCAGAUGCUCUCCGCGGCGGCUGGACCAGGUUCAAGCUGAAGGUGGGCGCCGACCUGGAGGACGACGUCCGCAGGUGUCGACUCAUCAGACAAAUGAUCGGACCCAACAACACUCUGAUGAUCGACGCCAACCAGAAAUGGGACGUGGACGAGGCCGUCAGCUGGGUGUCCCGCCUGGCUGAGUUCAAACCUCUGUGGAUCGAGGAGCCAACGUCUCCUGACGACAUCCUGGGUCACGCUACGAUCUCCAAGGCUUUGGCUCCACACGGGAUUGGCGUGGCAACGGGCGAACAGUGUCACAACAGGGUGAUGUUCAAGCAGCUCCUCCAAGCGUCAGCGCUGCAGUUUGUCCAGAUCGACAGCUGCAGACUGGGCAGCGUCAACGAGAACUUGGCCGUGAUGCUGAUGGCCCACAAGUUCAAAGUGCCCGUGUGUCCUCACUCUGGGGGAGUGGGUCUGUGUGAACUGGUUCAACAUCUGAUCCUCUUCGACUACAUCUGUGUGUCUGCCAGUCUGAACAACAGGAUGUGCGAGUACGUGGACCACCUCCACGAACACUUCACCAGUCCUGUGGUGAUUAAAGACGCCCACUACCUCCCCCCAAAGGAUCCCGGUUACUCCUGUGAGAUGUUGGACUCAUCGGUGCAGAGAUACCAGUUUCCUGAUGGAGAAGUUUGGCUGCAGAUGAACAAGUGAGGCGGUGUUUUUCUUCAACAUGGAAGUUCUGCUGCCACCGGUGAACAGGAGGAGCACAGGACUACUGCCACUACCACUACUGCGACAACUACUGGAUCCACAACCGGAACUUGAACUUUUUUUUUUCUUCAUUGGUUUUUAUGUAUUUGUACAAUGUAUGUUCUGAUAACAUCUAUUGCACGUCUGUCCGUCCAGGGAGUGGAUCCGU